UCCUCCAUUUACUCACUCAAAACAAUUCAUUCUUCAUAUAACAAAAAAUAAAUAAAAAUGUCUCUCUUCUUCCUUGUCUUGCUUCUUUUCGUCUCUUCAGUUACAGCCUGUGAUCGCUGUGUUCACCAAUCCAAAGUUGCUUAUUUUUCCAGUCCUUCCGCUCUUCUCUCGGGUGCUUGUGGUUAUGGAAAUUUGGCAAUAGGAUUCAAUGGAGGUCGACUUGCCGCUGCUGUUCCUAAACUUUACGAUAAUGGUGCUGGUUGUGGUGCUUGUUAUCAGAUAAGAUGUACGGACCCAAAAAUUUGUUCAAAACAUGGAACAACUGUGAUGGUUACUGAUCUAAAUACGAAUAACCAGACUGAUUUUGUCAUCAGUAGCAGAGCUUUUAUGGGUAUGGCCAUUGAGGGAAAAGCUCAAGAUGUUCACAAAUUGGGAAUCGCCGAUGUUGAAUACAAAAGAGUUCCUUGUGACUACAAAGGCAAGAAUUUGGCUGUUCGAGUAGAUGAAUCAAGCCAGAAGCCGCAUUACCUAGCAAUUAGCAUCUUCUACCAGGGUGGUCAAACUGAAAUUGUCAGUGUUGAUGUUGCUCAGGUUGGAUCGUCGAACUGGAACUUCUUGAGCCGAAACCACGGAGCAAUUUGGGAUACAAGCAGAGUGCCAAGUGGGGCAUUGCAAUUUAGGUUUGUAGUGACAGCAGGGUACGAUGGCAAGUGGAUUUGGGCUAAAUCAGUGCUGCCAUCAGAUUGGAAAAAUGGGGUGGUUUAUGAUACUGGACUUCAAAUCACUGACAUUGCUCAAGAAGGUUGUUCCCCAUGUGAUGAUGGAAGUUGGAAACUUAAUUAGUUUCUUUUUUUUUUUCUCUCUUCUUAACUGUAACAACUCGUGUGAAUACACACACACAAAAGAAUAUAUUUAAUAAAAUUAUAGAUUGAUCAAGUUUGAGUAGACAUAGGAAAAUUUAUUCUUUCUUGUUUCACAUUCUUUUCGCUAUAAUAAUCAAUGAUAUAUCUCCUUUUCCAGUG